AGGCAGCAGAUGUUUGUGAACUUGGCAUUCAGAGAGUUAAGCAAAAUUAAUUAAUUCAAAGUAUAAAUUGUUAGUAUCAUUUAUAAGGCCAGGUAAAACAUAUUAACAGACAUUCUUUCUGGAGCAUAUCUGCCAAAAAUCAAUAUAUAUUUUUAUAUUUUCUUGGGGAUAUUAUCAUGGGGAUAGGUUUGUAUGUGUAGAUGUUUUCAUAAGCCAGUAAACUUUGUAUCCUUUUUCACAUCUUUGUUAAUUAUUUUUACUUACUAAAAUUGUUAGAAGCAUUGAUAGUUUCUUUGUACAGUUUUUUACAACCUUAAUUUGUCUGUUCUGAAAUAUAUUUUAAUAUAAAAAAUGCAGCCAUAUUACUCUACUGCUUAUAAAGGCAUUUAGUUAGAAAAAGCUGUUCUGAUUAAGGUUAUUGCAAAUUUUUAUUAGGGAUCAUUUUUUCUUUAAAAGAAAGUUUUUAACUUUUGCCUUAAUUUAAAGGAAAGACAUCAGGAAAGCCGUUUCCAGUUCAUAAUGGUCAUGGUAGUACUACCUCUGUCCUUCACUUCUGUUAACAUACCUCACUCUGACAGUUAAAACCCUUCUGACUUUUCAGCCCUUAUCAUUCACACUGCAAUCCUGAUGGCCACACACCCACCUUCAUAUUUAUAAAGUUGACAUUCCAAUUUUAUCAGCCACUUAAUUCCAAGAGUUUUAGUGGAUGAAGUAAAUAGCACAAAACACCAUGGGAACACUGAGAGAAUUUGAAAACUUGGCACCUCUGCAUGUGAAAACCUUCAGUCCCAUCUACCUCGAAGGUGCCUCAACAUUUUCAUCAGUCUGAAAUCAGAUGACAGCCUUGUUCUCCUUCUCCGUUCAGAUGCCACUCUCUCUCGUUCUAGUUUGUGUUAAUUUCAAACAGGAAAUCUCUCUACUUUAUAAAGGAGAUGGGCCAAAUGUUUAUACCUGUUGCGCUGUAUACUUGUUAAACUCUUCUUUGUUAGAGAGAUACUUGUCCAAAUCCCCAAAAUCUAAAUAAAUGACCUCUCACUUUACAUCCAGUUUUCUCAUUUUUUUUUUUCAUUGAGAGUUGUGGGCAUUGCAUCAGUUGUAGGAGAAGAAGAUGAACACAACUUUAAGGUUCAACUGGUGUUCAUGAAGUGCUAAAAAUAAGCUGACCGAUACUUUCUUUGGAAGGUUCACAGUCUGCACCCUUAAUAGGUCUUUUUUCCACAGGACACUGACAUCCAGCCCCAGGCUCUCUUUGACAGUGGUCUUGAGGUUCAGUCUUUGAGGAACUGGCUCCUGGUCCCUCAGACAGUGUCUCCAUAACCUUUGAAGAGCUAUCGUGCUUCUCCUUUCCUGCAAAGUUUCCAACAAAGGAGCUGGGAAAACGGAACAGUAUGCCUGUGGGUGGAACAGGCCGCCCAAGCCGCCUCAGCCCGCCGCGGAGAUGGAUGACGAACCCGAGCGGACCAAGCGCUGGGAAGGAGGCUACGAAAGAACAUGGGAAAUUCUUAAAGAAGACGAAUCCGGGUCGUUGAAAGCAACCAUCGAUGAUAUCCUCUUCAAGGCAAAGAGGAAAAGACUCUAUGAACACCACGGACAAGUUCGGCUUGGAAUGAUGCGUCACCUUUAUGUGGUUGUUGAUGGAUCAAGAACGAUGGAGGACCAAGACUUAAAACCGAACAGACUUACUUGCACUUUGAAGUUACUGGAAUAUUUUGUUGAAGAGUACUUUGACCAAAAUCCCAUUAGUCAGAUUGGCUUAAUUGUAACCAAGAGUAAAAGAGCUGAAAAAAUGACAGAACUCUCAGGAAACUCAAAGAAGCAUGUAACUGCUCUGAAGAAAGCAGUGGAUAUGAACUGCAGUGGAGAGCCUUCUCUAUAUAAUUCCCUAAAUUUGGCCAUGCAGACUUUAAAGCACAUGCCAGGACAUACAAGCAGAGAGAUUUUGGUAGUCUUCAGCAGCCUGACAACAUGUGAUCCAGCCAACAUCUAUGAUCUAAUUAAGUGUUUAAAAGCAGUUAAGAUCAGAGUAUCUGUCAUCGGCCUGAGUGCUGAAGUUCGAGUCUGUACAGUACUUGCCCGAGAAACUGGUGGAACAUACCACGUGAUUUUAGAUGAAAGUCAUUUUAAGGAACUGCUGAUGCAUCACGUUAGUCCUCCACCUGCCAGUUCGAGUUCUGAGUGUUCCCUUAUUCGGAUGGGUUUUCCUCAGCAUACUAUUGCUUCCCUGUCUGAUCAGGAUGCAAAGCCUUCCUUUAGCAUGGUGCAAUUGGAAAACAACAGUGAGCCCAGUCUCACACUGGGUGGGUAUUUUUGUCCCCAGUGCAGAGCCAAAUACUGUGAGCUUCCUGUGGAAUGCAAAAUCUGUGGUCUUACACUAGUGUCUGCACCUCACCUGGCUCGGUCAUACCAUCACUUGUUUCCUCUGGAUGCUUUUCAGGAAGUUCCACUGGAAGAAUACAAGGGGGAACGGUAUUGUCAAGGCUGUCAGGGAGAAAUGAAAGAUCAAAAUGUUUACAUAUGUAAAGUGUGUCAGAAUGCGUUUUGUGUGGAAUGCGACCUGUUUGUCCAUGAUUCUCUGCACUGCUGUCCUGGCUGUAUUCACGAGCAUCCUGCUCCCAUAUCUAUAUGACACCAUAUCUUUGAGAAAUUGUUUUAUUUAUGUCACUCUUGCAUGAAUUUUUUUUUAUUCAGACAUUUUUAUUUUUUUCAUUCAGACAGUUUUGUUUAUUCAGACAUUAUUUUAACUGACACAUCUCAGAACAACAAGAUGGUUAAAGAGGGAUGAUGUGCUGGUUUAAAGAUAAACCAGCAGGGGAAAUGAACUCAACUCAAAGGACAGAUUAUAAGUCAGAAUAACAAUUUAAUAAUACAGCAAAUA